AUGCUUCACCACUCCUCAAUUACAUUCCCCUCUGACCACACCAACAUGGAUCACUUCUCACAUAUUCCCACACAAAGAUCGCCCAGGAGAGAACUCCAAGGUCCACGUCCCACACCGCUCAGAAUAAGCAAAGACUCUCAUAAAAUCAAGAAACCACCGUUGGCACCACAACCUUCGCACCCGCAACCCCCACCGCGCCAACCCAUCAUAAUCUACACCGUUUCCCCAAAGGUUAUCCACACCACACCCAGUGACUUCAUGAACCUUGUUCAACGCCUCACUGGUUCCACCUCCAACUCCGAAGCGAUUCCCAAUAUCAUUAACAACGACCCUUUCAACAGCGGCGGCGGAAUGUCGCCGGCGGCUCGUUACGCCACCGUGGAGAAGGCCUUGUCCCCUAUGGGAAAGAAACCGGUGAUGGGUCAUGGGAAUAUGAAUAUCAUAAACGAUGUGCAAGGGCUAGAGAUUAUGGGUGAUGGGGUAGUUGAAAGAUCGCAGCAAAACAUGUUUCAAGGGAUUUUGUCUCCGGGACCGGCUUCACUCUCUCCCAUUCCUUCAAAUUUUUUCUCUCCACCGUCUUCGGAUCCAUCCAUGGUUAGCUUCCUUCACGAUUUGAGUCCCAUGUUUCAAAGUGGGAGAAAUUUCACGGAGGGUAGUGGUGCCUUCGUCUUGCCAAGCCCUUCUUCAAACUUCAGCUUUGUUUCACCGCAUACUCCUUCCAUAGACUUAUUCAACUAUUUCUUAGAUUAG